AUGUUUAUAACCUCCCACAAUUCACAACAAAACUCUACAAGAAGUGUGUCAGCUCGCUCACUAUGUCAGCGCACACAAGCUGGGUACACUAACCGCUGGCAGCUGGCAGGUGCUUCAGGCAGCGACAUGUUGGGUCAGGCACAGGUUCAGAGGGCAGAGGAGUUUGGCGAUAAAUUGGCAGACAGAAAAAUUCUAUCAGCUGACCCCAUGGCACUCCACUGGCACGAGGGUGCCACUAGCUGCCCACAGUUCAUUUUGCCACGUCUCGUUCACCCGCUUUCUGCCAGCCGACGUACCAGACUCUGCAAAGAUGUCACAUGGUCUUCAAAGCUUGACAGUCCAGCGGAACAAUUUUACAUUUUGUCUCGCAGUCUGACCCAAAACGCUAAACCAGAUGCAGUGCUGGAAUGUCUGGGGGUCAGGUGGGAGCUGCAUUGCUCAGUCCUGAGUGGUUCAGAAAAAUUAUCUGAGAUGUAUACCAACAGCAAAAGACAGAGAGAUGUUCAGCUACAAGAGAGAGCUGUCAUUGGUAAAGAAAGCAGAGCUAGUAAGUCUACGUGUGGAAGAGGACUGGCCUACAGGAAGUGGCAUCUCAGUGGCCCUUUGAUUCUCCGACUGCCUGUCACAGAUGCGUCCAUCAAUAAAGAGGCUUUGUCUUUUGCCCUGCGGACACUGUACGACCCAGAGGAACGCCCCAAUGAAUGGGGAGAGACUGUGCUCUCUACUGCCGCAUUACUGGGAAUCUCCAACCUCUUCCAGAAGUGUCUUAAAGAGAUGUUGACAAAUAUCUCAUCUUCUACUGUGUGCAGCUUUCAUCGAGUCUCCUGCAAGUUCAAAGAGACUAUUCUCCAGAGAGCAUGUGAGCGCUGGUUGGAGCUGUUCCUUGUGAUUGAACUCUCCUGCCAUAUAAAACUCAGAGAUCUCCCCUUUGACCUCUUGCUGAAGACCCUGCUUAGUCCAAGACUGUUCACAUCUAAUGAGUAUGAGGUCUUGAGAGCAGUGCUGUACUGGCUGUACCUGCAGUUAAACCCCUUCAGAGAGACCCUACCAGCCCAUAGCACCGUCAUCACCUUCUUCUCCAAGGAAACGGCUGUUUUCUUGGAACAGCCUCAGGGUCAAAAAUACAUCACUAUCUUUCAAGCUCUUCGUAUGCAUGGCAUUACUGAAUGGCAGCAUCUGCAGGAGCUGCAGAACAUCAGAGUUCUUCCUGAAUCCUGGCUGCUUCACAUCCUGUCUAAUCAUUACCACACUCUUUACAGCGGGGGCGACAUGGCUGUGACUGACUUCUCCAAACAAGCCAUCCGGUUUGGAAUGAUGUUUGAUAGGGAACCAGUGUGCUGCACUCAAACCAUCAGCCUCUAUGGCUUUUACUUUCUCCUCCAAGCUGCUAAAAUGGGCGAAUCAGAUUCAUACAGCUUCUCCAUUGAGAGGUUAAGACACUGGGAUCCAGCUUUAUGCCAGUCUUCCAUUGUGAGCCGUCCAUACAGUGUGAGAUCGGAUCGAUCAGUGUGCUAUCACAUCACAGUGCAAAGCUACUCCAGUGGCGAGUGGAAAGAGCACAGCAGUGGAGCUGUCACUCAAGAGUUUGGCUUAUGCAAACGCCGCUGUAGGAGCAAGCCGUUCCAGAUUGAAGGACUUUCUCCACCCAUCCUAGUGACUUUUUCUCUGGCGUUCCCCUUUAGAUCUUGCAUCUCGGCCACUUUUCAUAGUGAAUAAAUGAAUGGAUUAUACCCAAUGUCAAAAUGCAUUUGUGUUUUUCAUGUUUAUGUAUGGUGGACACUAUGUCUAAUAACAGCUAAAUUGUAGUAUGAAUGCCCUUAGAAUCAUUGAAUUAGACAUGAGCAAUGCACAUGCUUGAUAUCCAUGUUUAAUUAUUGGUGAUUUAUUUAAAAUAGCACAGAAAUGCUUAUAUUGUUUCUAUCAGACUUAAGGCUUUCAAUUCUUGCAAUGAUAAAAGACUGAAAAAAUCCCAUAUACAUAUGUCGAUUGAGAGAUUUCAUUGAGAGU